ACUUUAAAGAACAUAUCCGGGCUUGCAGCUGUUUGCAUAAUUAUCUAUGCAACUACGUCAGUUGCUGGAGUUGAAUAAGUUGGUCGCCAUCUUUGUCAGUUAGUUUUUGAACGUUGAAGUUAUCGUUUAGCAUCUGAGAACAUUUUAGAUUAAUAAACAUUUAGUGUUAAGUAAGCGCACAGAAAGAGUGAAAUUUAUAAGGUGAGGUUGUUAUUUCUUGUGUUUAUUUUUAGAAUCCUGGAUUGUUUGUGUUUUACUGAAGAGUGGUGGAAAAAUAACACUAAUGUCUAAACCAUCUAUUGUGAUCAGAAACUGUUGCAAGAAUAAAUUAUCUUUAAAUUUCAUCAUUUGAGUGGAGUUUUCAUAGACCCUCAUCACUGUGAAGUGACUAUUAACUGUAUUUAGAAAAACAAAAAAAAAUAACUUUGAGGUCUUUGUGCCUUUUUGGACUGUUUUUAUAAAUCAGCCAUGGCAUCUGUUAAAGCAGAUACUUUGAACUCUGCUAAUCACAACACUGCAUGUCUCUCUAACAACAGUGUGGAUAAUACUAUGAGGCAAAAUACCACAAUAUCAAGAGACAUAAUAUCUGAUGACAUUGGGUGGAAAGCCAAACUCAAUAUUCCUCAAAAAGACAAUCGGAAAAAGACAGCGGAUGUAACAGAAACAAAGGGAAAUGAAUUUGAAGACUUUUGUUUAAAAAGAGACUUACUCAUGGGAAUAUUUGAAAAAGGUUGGGAAAAGCCAUCACCUAUUCAAGAAGCAAGUAUACCCAUUGCCCUUCUUGGUCGAGAUAUUCUUGCUCGUGCCAAAAAUGGAACAGGCAAGACAGGUGCCUAUAUUAUUCCUGUUCUUCAAAGAGUAGAUACCAAUCUUAACCACAUACAAGCUCUUGUAAUAGUACCCACUCGGGAAUUGGCUCUUCAAACCAGUCAAAUAUGUAUAGAAGUAUCAAAAUACCUUGGAGCACGGGUGAUGGUGACUACUGGUGGGACAAGUUUAAAAGAUGAUAUCAUGAGGAUUUAUGAAAAUGUCCAUAUCAUUAUUGCUACUCCAGGAAGAAUAUUAGACUUAAUGGAGAAAAAUGUAGCUCAGAUGGACAAAUGCAACAUGCUAGUCUUAGACGAGGCUGACAAGUUAUUAUCUCAAGAUUUCAAGGGUAUGUUGGAUAAGGUAAUCAGUUAUCUUCCAAAGGAACGUCAGAUUCUCUUGUACUCGGCCACAUUCCCUCUGACUGUAGAACAGUUCAUGAGAAAACAUUUAAAGGGGCCAUAUGAGAUAAAUUUAAUGGACGAACUGACUUUGAAAGGUGUGACUCAGUACUAUGCUUUUGUACAAGAGAGACAAAAGGUUCAUUGCCUCAACACACUGUUUUCAAAGUUACAAAUUAACCAGUCAAUCAUUUUCUGCAAUUCAACUCAACGAGUGGAACUUCUUGCAAAGAAGAUUACAGAGCUUGGUUAUUCUUGCUAUUACAUACAUGCAAGGAUGUCUCAACAACAUCGUAACAGAGUCUUCCAUGAUUUCCGUGCUGGUCUAUGUCGCAAUUUGGUCUGCUCUGAUUUGUUCACAAGAGGUAUUGAUAUUCAAGCAGUUAAUGUGGUCAUAAAUUUUGACUUUCCUAAAAUGGCAGAAACCUAUCUGCAUCGUAUUGGUAGAUCUGGUCGAUUUGGACACCUGGGUAUAGCUAUUAACCUGAUCACUUAUGAUGAUAGAUUUUCAUUACAUCGUAUUGAACAAGAACUUGGAACAGAAAUAAAACCAAUACCUAAGGUGAUUGACAAAAGUCUGUAUGUUUCCGAAUAUCAAGUAGAAGAAGAAGAUGAAGGAAAUGUGAGCAAGUAGGCCAUAUAUACUACGAAUCUUUGUUCAUGAGAAAUAUUUUCUUGACUAGAUAAAACUCUCAAGAAAAACUUAAGUCCAAUACACCAUGAUUCUUGACAGUCACCGCUUGCCACUUGUACAGUUAAAUGUUUUUUUUUACAACGUUUGAGUUCAGAAAUAUUUAUUGGUUUGAGCUUGUGAAGGUUGCAAGUAAUACUGUAGCCUGGAAGGUUGUACUCAUUAAUAUCAAGUUUUGCUGUAAAUAGAAAAAUUUAGCUUGACAUUAAUAACUGUAAUCUUCCUACACAGUCGGUGUUCAGGAAACAAGUCCAAAGUGAAACUUGUAUUAAAUUGAAUAAAACUUUAAAGAGAAACAGUAUGAUAAAAAAUAAAAUAAAUCACUAAAAUAAUAUUUUCUCGCUUUGCGAUGAAAUUGAAUUUGUAAAACCAUCAUAGAAUGUAGGUUUUUUGUAUUCAGUUUGCACAAAAAAUCACAUUUAACCAUCAUUCAUAUGUGGUAUGUUGCUGUUUUCGACAUCCAUAUGAAACUUUGUACAUAGAUUCAUUCUGGGGCUUUGCUCAGCCACAGGUAAACUUAGUUGAUAAUGUAAAAAUUGUUGUCUUUCAUGUAAAUGGCAUUGACUAUCUGGUGAAGAGAGCAUAAAAGUUUGAGUAAAUUAAAAAAUUUAGUUUUGUUAAUUUUGGAGAAAAAAAUCCUGUUUCAAUAAAAACAAACCUUGUAGUCAUUGCCAGUAUGUUUGUAAAUUUUCUACAUGUAUUUUUGUAAUAUUGAAAUUGAUCUUUUCACAGUGAGGGUGGUUGUCUUAAAGAUUGGGUUUUGUCCCUUCCUUAUAUGCAGUUUCAAAUAAAAACAAACAAAAAAAAUGACUAAAAAAAAAGGAGUAGGUGACCUGAAGUUCUACUGCAGAAGCAAGUUGGUGAAGUAAAUGGUCAUUGUAUUUGAAAUUGGAAUCCUUUCUCUAAGAGAAACCACCCUCACUGAUUUAAAUUUGCAGUCAAAAGACAGUUUUAGAAUUGCACUUGGAACAAGAUGAACUUAAGCGAAAUGAAAGUGUUUUGUAUCUUUGGACACUGGAGAAAAUGCAAGAACACGUAUCUGUGUAGGUUGUGAUUUAUCAAUGAUUCUGUACACAUGGGAAUUUCCAGAACCAAGUGAAAUGUGCGUGUGCUUAUGUUAGUGAAAGAAGAGGAAACUAAAGUGCAAGUAUUUCAUUUACUUGAAGGGAAAAAACUGACUUCAUCGAGAAUUAAAGAACUAAUGUCUUGUCUAUGCAAGUGUAAUGAAAACUGUUGAGAAUUGCAGAAGUUAAGAAAGAACUUCAGGUCUUCUACUGCCCUUGGCUAGUUUCAGGUAAGGUAAAUGUGCAAAAUUAGAUAUGUUAAUUAGAGACAAUUUGAAGCUAACCAAGUCAAUAUUAAUUCCAACUUUAAAAAUAUUUACCUCACCUGAAAUUGGCCUUUCUUCUACAGAUAUGAACACUAAAAGUUUGUGAUACUGAGCUUUAAUUAAUGAUAUUUGGCACCAAAUUACAGCAACUGCUUUAAUUUUUGUAGUGUUUAAAGAAAUCCAUAUUAGACUGGUGUUAAAGUAUAGCAUGAGGAAAAUUACCAUAACUCUUGGUGUCAUGCACCAAUUGGCCAUUUGCUUGAUAUAUUGUAGAAAAUGUAAUGACCAUUAUCUGUUUGACAUCAGGUAAAUAGUUAAAAUAACUGCUAUUUACCAAAUCUACUUCCACAAUUUGUAACUUUACAGUCAUGUUUAUCAUUAUGUAAAGUAUCAAGCACAUGAACUUUUAGUUUGGGCUGAAUGCUUGGUAAUUGGCCUCCUUUGGCUGUCCAUAGUUCAUAUCUUGAGUGGUUUAGACUUAACAGUGUGACCUGCAACACAGUUUUGCAUACAAUUAUUAUUAGUCACCUUAAAAAGUUACUAUCUUGAUGUAGUUAAGUCUAAGAAAUGAUGAUAGGCCAAACCAUAUACUUUAUACCCUGGAAAUUAGGACAUUAAGCUUUAAUUCUAUAUCUUUCAGUCUUCAGAGUAACCUAUUUUUCCAGGGUAUAUAUUUCUCAAUUUUGACAUAUCAGAUUAAAAUGCAAAUGAUAAAUAUUUAAAAUUAUCUAGAACAUAGCAAGUUGAGUAAAUUGGCAUUAAUGAAGCAUAAUUUCAGCAACAAGCAAGAAGUUGGUAAUAGUAGUAGUUUGAAUAUAAACAUAAUGAAAUAUGAUUUGGUUAUAAAUAAUAACUUUUACCUUGAUGCCAUUUACCAAAUCUACUUCCACCAUUUUUAACUUUACAGUCCUGUUUAUCAUGAUUUACUGUGGAGUUCUGAUCAUGACUUUUAUUUAACUCUAUAGUAAAUAGUGUCUGCUUGACUUGCCAAAAAAAAAGUUGGAGUUGUGAAUCUUGUUAAAUAUUAGUGAGUUGUAGUUGGCAGUCACCAGUCAACUAGGAAUUAGUUAUUCAUUAUACAUUUGAAAGUUACUCCGAACUAAAGUUAUUCCAAAUUCAAGAAUGUGCAUUUGUCAUUAAAGUAUCAACAAUAUAAAACAUGAAUACAAAACUGUAUAAACUAGGACAAACUUCAGUGAUGUAUCUAAAAUUUGAUUUAGCAGCUAAUUGUUUAGGAUUUUGUUUUGGACCUCCCCCUAAAGCAAUUAAAUUAAGACUUACACGUAAAUAUAAAUUAAACGUAUGGGUAUUUAAGGCUAAAAUAAAGAUCAACAUGUAUUUCUGUCUUUGUUCUUUUUAUAGAAACUGAUUUUUAUUUCUUUGUAAUUUGAGCACAGAGAACUUCUUUUGAAAAAUAGUAAACCUAAUGUGAAACCUGUAUUGGUGUUACAGAAUACUUUUGACAACAAAUAUUACUGUAGGUUUAAAGAUAAUUUUAAGUCAAAAAUUAUCUAGGUUUGCUGUUUCUCACUAAUUUUUAAAAGUCAAUGUGAUUUUAUUUUCAAAAGUAAAUUAUUUGGCAUUUAAUGUAAAUCUUUUUAUGUGUUUGUCAAAAAUACUUGAUUUAGAAAUGUUGAUAUAUUUUUAACAUGUUUGAAUUUAAUAUCUGUACUGAAAUGAAGAUGGAUGGGUUCUAAAUAUAUGUAGUUAUUAAAACUACUUAAUUAAAUCUGGGGGGGAGAAGUUUUAGAAGGCAUAAUAAAUACCACUUCUUGCUUGA